AUGGCCCAAUUUACUAUUCAAAAGCUUGGUGAUGGUUUUGCUUGUGCCAGAUACUAUUUCAACGUAGAAAUGCCAUGUGCAUUGGGCGCAAUUCAAGGGCAUCCAAUACAAUUUUCUGCCCCAGCCUCCGAUUGCCAAUUCAUCCUGUACUAUGUAGACUAUGAUUAA